CCGGCCCUGAAACGGAAACCUAAAGCUGCUGUGUAAUAGUACACUUUAGCUGCUUGAGCAUUACGUUGUGGUAGUUAGAAAGUCCUCUAAAGUAAAUAUGCCAGACUAUUUAGGAGACGACCAGAGGAAGACAAAAGAGGAGGCCAAAGAUGACUCCCCGAUCAGAGCUUUGGAUGAAGGAGACAUCGCUUUGUUGAAGACUUAUGGUCAGAGCACAUAUUCCAGACAGAUCAAACAAGUGGAAGAUGACAUUCAGCAGCUGCUUAAAAAGAUCAACGAGCUCACAGGUAUCAAGGAGUCUGAUACGGGGCUGGCACCACCCGCCCUAUGGGAUCUGGCUGCUGACAAACAGACCCUUCAAAGUGAGCAACCGCUCCAAGUUGCAAGGUGCACAAAGAUUAUAAACGCAGACUCUGAGGACCCCAAAUACAUCAUCAAUGUGAAGCAGUUUGCCAAGUUUGUGGUGGAUUUAAGUGACCAGGUGGCCCCAACAGACAUCGAGGAGGGCAUGAGAGUAGGUGUUGACAGAAACAAGUAUCAGAUCCACAUCCCUCUGCCUCCUAAAAUUGAUCCAACCGUCACCAUGAUGCAGGUGGAAGAGAAGCCGGAUGUUACCUACAGCGAUGUCGGUGGCUGCAAGGAGCAGAUUGAAAAACUGAGGGAAGUGGUGGAGACCCCCUUGCUUCAUCCGGAGCGUUUUGUCAAUCUGGGUAUCGAGCCUCCAAAAGGCGUGCUGCUGUUCGGGCCACCUGGUACCGGAAAGACCCUGUGCGCCCGCGCUGUCGCCAAUCGCACAGACGCCUGCUUCAUCAGAGUCAUCGGCUCUGAGCUGGUGCAGAAGUACGUGGGAGAGGGUGCCCGUAUGGUGCGUGAGCUGUUUGAGAUGGCCAGGACAAAGAAGGCCUGUCUUAUCUUCUUUGAUGAAAUUGACGCCAUUGGAGGGGCACGGUUUGAUGACGGCGCUGGCGGGGACAACGAGGUGCAGAGGACUAUGCUGGAGCUCAUCAACCAACUGGACGGCUUCGACCCUCGUGGCAAUAUCAAAGUGCUGAUGGCCACUAACAGACCCGACACGCUGGACCCGGCCCUGAUGAGACCCGGACGCCUGGACAGAAAGAUCGAGUUCAGCUUGCCCGAUUUAGAGGGUCGCACGCACAUCUUCAAGAUUCACGCACGUUCCAUGAGUGUGGAGAGAGACAUUCGCUUUGAGCUGUUAGCUCGCCUCUGUCCCAACAGCACAGGUGCUGAGAUUCGCAGUGUGUGCACAGAGGCCGGCAUGUUUGCCAUCAGAGCUCGCAGAAAGAUUGCCACAGAGAAAGACUUCCUGGAGGCCGUUAACAAAGUCAUCAAGUCCUACGCCAAGUUCAGCGCCACGCCCCGAUACAUGACCUACAAUUAAGCUCUUCUUGGCUUUUUAUGUAGAAAACAGAGAACCGAGUCAAGAAAUAUUGUCUUUUUGCCAUUUAAAAAUAAAAGUUUAUUCCAAAA